AUGAUUGUGCUCAGCGAAAUCGAUAUCCGCUCUUUAAAAUCAAAAACAUCACUGAAAAAGCAAGGGCAUUGUGGCUCGUCUGAUAUAUCUAGCGGUACCUACAUCCUUUGCGAAAAGUCGCCCCUUAUUUCCCAACACCAGCCACGUGAAGAAUUGAAGCUGCUGCUUGCGGCGCAGCUAAAGGCCCUGUCAAGGGAGUCACGGCGUCAGUUCUUAUCCCUUCCCAACACCUUCCCAGGCAAGUACCCUUUCACUGGCAUCGUCAAGACAAAUGCUCUGCCAUGUGGAUCUGGUUCUUAUGUUGCCGGCGUCUACCCAACUGUGAGCCGUAUCAACCACAGCUGCAUUCUGAACGCCCACAACAGCUGGAACAGCAGCAAGGAACAGGAAACUAUUCACGCGAUCCGACCUAUCUAA